UUAUCUCUGUUAUCAGUAAUGAAGCGGAAGAUUAGUGGCGUAAGACUGCACUAAAAAACGUAAACUGUUGUUGUAAAUGUUAAACGAUUCACCAAUAUACUUACACCCACACAAUCCAAUGGUCAUAAUCGCCAAUUGGACCAGUCAAUUACACCUGUUUAAUGGAUAGUUCUAACAUCGAGUUGAGAGAAGAAGAGGAGGAGGAAGAGUUGGAGAACUCCUACUCACAGGUUGGUCUGGAACCAGGAGAGCAAUUCCAGGUGCGCUAUUCUGUACAGGAAGAAUUAGGCAAGGGAAGGUAUGGAGUGGUACACAAAGUUAAAGACCAGCAAUCUGGUAUCAUUGCAGCUGCCAAGUUUGUCCGCUGUGUCAAGAAACAGGACAGGGUAAAAGUGCAGGAGGAAAUCAACAUCAUGAACAAUUUAAGGCAUCCUAAACUUCUUCAGCUAAUUGCAGCCUUUGAAAAUCCUAAGGAUAUUAUUAUGAUUAUGGAAUACAUAUCGGGAGGUGAGCUGUUUGAGCGUGUUGUAGCAGAAGAUUUUAUGCUUACUGAGCAAGACUGUGUCCUUUUCAUGCGGCAGAUUUGUCAAGGAGUGAGCUACAUGCACAACAACUGCAUUGUACAUUUAGAUUUGAAGCCAGAGAACAUCAUGUGUCACAAAAGCUCAUCCCAUAAAAUCAAAAUUGUGGACUUUGGCUUAGCCCGUAGACUCCAGACCAAUAUUCCACUCAGAGUGUUGUAUGGAACUCCAGAGUUUGUUCCUCCAGAAAUUAUCAACUAUGACCCUAUUGGAGUAACAUCGGACAUGUGGUCUGUCGGAGUCAUCUGCUAUGUUCUGUUAUCUGGGCUCUCUCCAUUCAUGGGUGACACCGAUGCAGAAACAUUUGUUAAUAUCACACGAGUGGAUUAUGACUUUGAUGAUGAAAUGUUCAAUACUAUCUCUGAGGAUGCAAAGGAAUUCAUCAGUUCCCUUCUAGUGAAGAAGAAAGAGGAAAGAUUGACAGCAGAUGAGUGCCUGCGGCACAGCUGGCUGACUCAUUGUGAUAUGACUGUGGGAUGUGUCAAGCUGAGCACAGAUAAACUGAAGAAAUUUAUCAUCAGGAGAAAGUGGCAGAAAACAAAAAACGCUAUCGUGGCAGUGGGCCGUAUGACAACCCUCUCAGAAACUGGUUGUCACUCCAGUGACUCUUCAUGAUUGUACUGUUGACUUUGACACCUAGUGUGCUUGUCUCAAGAAAAACUUUCUUCAGCACGUCCAAUUGUUAUAAAACAUUGUUUAAUAAUACCUUUAUACUGUUCAGAAAAUAUAAGAUAAGUAUAUUAUACUGCA